GGCGAGUCCAGUUGUCUCCCUCCCAGUGUGCUCGCAGGAGUGCUUGGUUAUCGUUGCAGCGGGUUUUGGCGAGUUUUUCGGAGUUUUUUUUAAAAACCGAAUUUGUGGUGAAGUAGCAGCUGCACCGAUACUGAGAUGGCUGAUCAACUUACAGAAGAGCAAAUUGCUGAGUUCAAGGAGGCCUUUUCGCUCUUUGACAAGGAUGGAGAUGGCACCAUCACCACUAAAGAGCUGGGCACAGUUAUGCGCUCUCUGGGCCAGAACCCCACAGAGGCAGAGCUGCAGGACAUGAUCAACGAAGUGGAUGCUGAUGGAAAUGGAACGAUAGAUUUCCCAGAGUUUCUAACCAUGAUGGCUAGAAAAAUGAAGGACACGGACAGCGAGGAAGAGAUCAGAGAAGCAUUCCGAGUCUUUGACAAGGAUGGAAAUGGGUACAUCAGUGCUGCUGAGCUGCGCCAUGUGAUGACGAACCUCGGAGAGAAACUAACUGACGAGGAGGUAGAUGAGAUGAUCAGAGAAGCAGACAUUGAUGGAGAUGGACAGGUCAAUUAUGAAGAGUUCGUACAAAUGAUGACGGCGAAGUGAAGGCCUUGUACAGAUUUCUAUAAAAAUUUGCCUUUUUUUCUUUGUGUAAUUUAUCUGUAAAAUCUUAAUAGCCCCCAUUCGUCCCUGCCCCUACUGCUGUCCAAAGGAACUGCAUGUAAACUGCAUAGGCUCUUGUCCCCAUGUCCCUUUCUUUUGCUGUCAUGGUGUUUUGGAGUGACGGACUGGCCAUACAACCAGGAGCCUGUGGAGGCCUCUGGGAACCCGAGAGCUCUGGACCUUCUGUCAAGUAUGCUCGGGGCCCCUUCAUACCUGGCGACGUUGGAAAUCUGUCACCUGGUUGUCACUUGGCAACACUGUUGGCAUGGAAGCAGUGUAGAGGAGUCUAAACUCUGCAUGGACUAUGGACAAAGUAUAUAUGGAAAUCUCUCAGCAUUGCACUACUGCAAAUAAAUGACACGGGUGUAUCUCCUUGGUACUCGUACAAACUCUUUUGUAUCUGCUGUUCUAUAUUGGAAACUACUAAUCUUAACAUGCUUUUUAAUGUUUUACUCACUACUUUUACUUUCCUUUUUUCUUUUUGUAUGACCUCUGGUCAUGCCUAAAACAAUCCAUUCCAAGUUGUAUAUUUUUGUUUUCCAAUAAAAUUUACAAUUUACCCAUAUUGGAAACCUGUCUUGUUUUCUCAGUUUAAAUUGAAACAUUAUGUCUGUUUAACCUGUAAAAAAAUUUUUUUUUUAAAUGGAACACUCCAGCUAAUUUUUUGUUUUCUUUUGUUGCAAAUAAAAUGUUUAAAAACCUCCCCCGUGUUAAACAUUAAGCCCUUAGGAGCAUCAGCCAGUGCCUCUUAAUUGUAUUGUGCUCACAUCAGAUUUGUUGAGAUGAUUUCAGGAGCUGAGUGUGUACUCUGUGCAAACUGGUGUGGUCACCAGAAGGGCCAGCCUUGCACUGUCCCUGCUUCCUUCCCCAUGGGCUGUGUCUCCUGGAGCCAGCAUGGUACAAUGUAAACGCUGGCUGCUUCAUGUCUGUCUUGACAUUUGACCCAGUUAACGAGGUGUGGGUCAGUACACCUCAAAAACCAGUGUAAAUAGGUGUACCUGUUGGCUUUCUUUUUCUGAGUUUGUUACAGUAACUUGCAGAGAUACUGAAGUUGUUUGAAUGAUGAAAUAAAGCUCUAUUGUAGA